AUGCAAGUGGCAGAAAUUUUGUCCGAUAUCACAUCUUUAAGAGUUUGUGGCCAUUAUGAAGGACUUACUCUGGUGAGCGUGAAUAAGGCUAUCGCUGGCACAAGUCUCCUGGAUACAGGGGACGCGUCUACUGAAAAUGCUACAGCUGGCGCAGACAAAGCUCAACGUUUCAAGAAAGACAACUUGCGGAAGGCAAAAGAGUUGGUCGAGCUUCACUACGAAGUGAAGUCGCGACAUGUCAAUGGCCAAGUCGACGAAGAACUACGACAGGCACGUGAAGGGGUUGAGCGGGUAUUAAGGGAGCUUACAUGA